UCAGGUGACCUGCAAUAUAUAAGUCACCGCUAAACUCGAGUUGUAGCGUCACUGUUACCUGAAGUCAGUGACAUUGACACUUCUAGGUUUCUAUAGUUCAUUCGGGAGACUAUAAUUUAUAGACGAAAUAAUCAAAUACAAGGUAAUCAACUGUUUGUAAAAUGUGUGAUGAGUAUGGCGGUGCAGAUGACUUUGAAUCAGAUGAAGAGCCUCUGGACGAGGUACCAGAAGAGGAUUUAGACACAAAACCUGAAGGUGUCACGUACAUAACAGCUGAUGAAGCGCCGCGCUUAUCAGGUCAAAAUAUGGCUGCCCCAGUAGAAAAAAGUAAACGGAUUACUACUCCAUAUCUUACGAAAUAUGAACGUGCUAGAGUUUUAGGUGCACGAGCUCUGCAACUAUCAAUGUCUGCUCCCGUUAUGGUCGAACUGGAUGGUGAACGAGAUCCUCUAAAAAUUGCUGAAAAGGAAUUAAGGGCUAACAAAAUACCUAUCAUUAUUCGACGUUUCCUUCCUGAUGGGAGUUUUGAAGACUGGAGUUUGGAUGAACUUAUUUUGACAGAAUAAAUUCAUAUUUUUUGUUUUAUGCGUGACUUGGAUUGUUCAGUACCGCUGAUAAUCAUGUCUUUCGUCAGCAAUAUUAUCCGCUUUCCCUAAAAGAGAACUUGGUUUAUUUUCAUGGUCAGUCAUAAUCAAUGUACACAUGGGCACGAGCGUAAUUUAGUUCAAGUUGUU